AGUGUGCGAAUGAAUUUGGUUUAUAUACUGCGAUACUAAAACAGGAAUUUGUAUUUAGAAAAAUAACCUUUUGAAUAAUUGUCAAAAAUUCGAAAUAAUGGAAAAAACCGACAAGGGAUUUUUAAAAAAUAUUUGGUUCAUGAUGCAAGCAUUUUCUUGUCGGAAUAUAAAACCAGCGCAAUUAAAUAUCAUAUUUAAUCUUAUCGACUUAAUAGUUUUUAUAAUUUUUUUAAUAACCCAAACAAUUGUUUUAUUGUCAACUCAAGAUAUAGCUAUGUUCGAAACUGCAAAUACAAUUCAAAAACAUUUUGUUGAUCAUCCAUUUAUUAAUCAAUAUGGUUUUGAGAUGACAUAUAGGGAAUUAGUAACUGUCGAUGAUUGGUGGAUGUUUAUGGAAAAAACCUUCAUUAAAGGUAUGUCGCAAUUUGGUGACCAGAAUGAAGAUGCAAAUUUAACAAUGUUGGAAAAUACCGUAUUACUUGGUGGCCUGCGGCUACGGCAGAUAAGAGUCGAGAAUUCAACUUGUUCAAUACCUAAUGCCUUUCUAAAUCAAUUUAAAACAUGCUAUGGAGAAUACACGAAAUCAAAUGAAGAUAGAAACACAUAUUUCAACAAAACUCAGUCAACUGGCACAUAUAUCAACAUCCCCCCUAUUUGGGGAAAGAUAACCACUUACGGUAGAGAUGGUUUCACUGAAAUAUUGUCCUCAAUUCCUGCUGAGGACGAAGUCACUUUGAAAAAGUUAAAAACUUUCAGAUGGAUUGAUAGGGGUACUCGGAUGAUUUUAAUAGAAUUUGUAACAUUUAAUGCAAAUGUUAAUUUGUUCUGCAAUAUAAAAUUUUUAGUUGAAUUUGCUACGUCUGGAAGUAUUUUGUCAUCAAGCACAGUACAGCCUUUAAGAUAUUCCAUUAUAGGCGAUGGCUUCAGGGACUGGUUUUGUGCAUUACUGUUAUUUGUUAUAACAUUGUUUUAUGCUUUCGAACUUAUGUUGAGAGUGAAAAUAAUGGGAAGUUUUAGUUAUUGUAAUUCUAUUUGGAAUAUUCUAGAUACCAUUGUUAUUUCGCUUGUUCUUCUCUCGUUCAUUUACAUUUAUUGGCAUACAAGAUAUUUAAAGAAUCUCUUCGAAAACGAAGAGCAGACGGUGAAGGAUGUUUUCAAUUUAGACGUUAUUUGCUAUUGCAAUUUGUUUUUCAAUACUGGAAUGGGUAUUUGCACAUUUAUUGUAUGGAUCAAAACAUUUAAAUACAUUCAACUUAAUAAAAUUAUGUAUCAAUUCAGUUCAACUUUCAAAAAGUGUGCUGAAAGUUUAUUUGGAUUUAUGAUUAUGUUUGGAAUUGCCUUUGUUGCUUAUGCGGGUCUAUCAGUCCUAUUAUUUGGAACAAAUCAUGCUGACUUUCGUGAUUUUUCAACUGCUUUGAUGACUAUGAUGCGCAUGAUUCUAGGAGACCUUUUUUAUUCUGAGAUAGAAGAAGCCAGUCCUAUACUUGGUCCUAUAUAUUUUUUGUCUUAUAUUUUGUUCGUAUUUUUCAUACUUUUGAAUAUGUUUUUAGCCAUAAUAAAUGAUACGUUUUCAGAAGUAAAAACUGAAACAACUAUAGAAGACUCUACAGGGUUUAAAGAAUUCAAGAAGAAAUUACUUUUGAUAUUUGAGAAUAGCAAUUUUGCCUCCAACAUAAAAACGACGAGUUCUUCGAAGGAUGAAAGAGAUGAGGAUUAUUAUGGAAAAAAUGAUGUUGUCAAUUCGAUUACAGUCAAUAAACAAGGACUUCAACUAACUUAUGAGGAUAUCAUUACCAUUUCUGACUGGUGGUCAUUUGCAGAAACGACAUUUAUUGAUGGAAUUAGCCAAAUUGAAGAAAAAAUGUUAUUGAUGAAUGUAUCUACUGAUGGAAAUGUACUUUUCGGAACCCCAAGGUUGAGACAAAUAAGAGUAAAAAGUGAACCGUGUAAAAUUGAUAAAAUUCUCCAAAAUAAUUUCGAAGCGUGCUUUGGUCCGUAUAUGAGGAGCAGAGAAGAUCAUUCGCCAUUUCUUAAUAAAACGCAUUCUUCACAAACCGAAGCCAACACCUAUGAAGUUUCAGGAACAAUAACUAACUAUCAUGGAGGUGGUUACAUUGAGUUGCUAGAUCUUCAUAGAGAAGAAAACGAAAAUAUAUUAGAUCAACUAAGAAAUGCAUCUUGGGUAGACGCAGCAACAAGAGUAAUUGUCAUAGAAUUCGUAUUAUAUAAUUCCAAUGUCAACAUUUUUUGCAAUGCAAAGUUUUUAGCUGAAAUUUCGCCUACUGGUGGUGUAGUCACAUCGAACCAGCUUCAAGCUCUAAGAUACUUUGCUUUGUGGAACCAUGGAGGAUAUUUUGUUAUGGCAUGUUCAUUAGUGUUUAUUGGAUUGGUAAUUUAUUAUGCAGUUACAAUGACUUCAGGAGCUGUUGUAAAAGGCUUUGCGGAGAUAUAUAAAUCAUUGUUUAAUAUUUUACAAGUCUUAGUGUUGCUGAUUGCUUGCAGUACUGUUAUAUACGUAGCUUGGCACACGUUUUUUAUAAAAUCGAUGUUGAAAAGAUAUGAUCAGGAAAAUAAUCAAUUUAUCAGCUUAGAUAUAAUUUGCUAUUGGAACGGUAAAUUUAUAGACUUAAUGGGAGUCUGCGUUUUUAUUGUUUGGAUUCAAGUAUUCAAAUACGUUAAAUUUAACAAAACUAUGAUGCAAUUCAGUACCACUCUUCAAAGGUGCGCAAAAGAUCUUUUAGGAUUCAGUAUUAUGUUCGCUAUCAUUUUUGCUGCUUUUGCGCUUUUGGCAACUAUGGUUUUUGGAGCAGUGCAUUCAGGUUUCUGUACGUUUUCGGAAGCUGUUCUUACACUCAUGCGAACGGUUUUAGGCGAUUUUGAUUUUGAGAAAUUGGAAGCAGCCAAUCGAUUUCUCGGACCAAUUUUUUUUGUCUCAUUCAUAUUAUUUGUAUUUUUUAUAUUGAUGAACAUGUUUUUGGCAAUUAUAAACGAUACUUAUUCGGAUGUGAAAUCAGACACCACCGAUGGAAGUGAAAAUCAAUUGAAAAUUGAUGAAGAAGAACCUAAAGUGUCGCCAAUUACCAAUCAACUGAAUAAUAUGUCUUACGAGGAUCAGGAAUUGAAAAAAUUUAAUUCAAUAAUUGAUAAAUAUUUUGAAGUUAUUUCUACCAACACUGAUGAUGAUAAUGUUAAAGACUCCUUAGGAGUUCGUGUAACAAUUUUAGAAGAAAAGAUGGAAAAAAUACUGUCAUAUCUAAGUGAAAUUUUAAAAAGCGAAUAAGAAAGCCACUAUAAAGUGAAGUUUGAUAAAGUUUAUUUAUAUCAAAUUAUUGUUAAAUGAAAAUAAACCCUUACUCCCACUUACUGAUAAAAAAUAGUUAUGAAUGUUAAUUUAUUUUCGAAAUUAUUAUUGAGAUGUCAAAAUCUUAAGAAAUACGAAAAAAUAAAUUCA